CUAUUACUUCAGUAUCCGCUUACGCCCCCUUUCCUCUACGAUCUCCGUGUAUUCCUUUGCGUUCUCUUAGUUUAAAAAGCUGUUGAAGACAUCAUGGUUGCUGUUGAUAGAGAUGGUCUGUUUAGUGCUUAUGAAGCCGUGAGAGACGAUAAGACAGAGGAAGAAUGGGCGUUGUUCGGCUAUGAUGACAGCAACACUGUCGUGCAUCUAAAGUCAGGUUCACAAUACGAUGAUUUCUUGACUGAGUUGAAAGACGAAGAACGAUGUUAUGCAUACCUUCGCAUCCAAUCUGGGGACGAGCUAAGUAAACGAGCCAAGUUUGUAUUCGUUGCGUGGAUUGGCGAGAAUGUUUCAGGAAUGAAAAAAGCCAAAGUUGGCACGGAUAAGAGCUCUGUCAAGGCGGUUCUCAAGAAUUUUGCAAUUGAGAUCUCAACCGGAGAGAAACACGAACUGGAACUGGAGGAAGUYAGGGCUGCAGUGCGAAAGGCUGGCGGGGCUAAUUAUGGAACCGGACAAUGAUAGAUGAAACUAGUCAAUCACACCAUGGCUGUAUUUUAAUGAUUUUAAUUAAAUACAUUUAAUACUACA